AUGUCUCACCGAUCUAUUGAUCUGAGUGCGCCCGGCCUUUACGAACACGACAUGCAGGACAUGUCUUUCGCACCUUUUGUCAUCGAGUUGGCACACAGCUCUGCUCAUCCCGAAAUCUCCACCAGAAUCUCAUCUCGCUCCGAAUCUUCCCCACCUCUUAGCCUCCUUAUCAGCAAGCCUGAGCCAGAGGAAGAAGAGGACGAUUUCUUUCAAGAUCCACCUGAGGUGGUAUUGAAGAGACUUCGUCGUCAGGGUAUGGUGCAGAGAAGAGACGAAACAAUCUCCACUGCUGUCCUCGAGGUACCCACCGCACAAGAAUAUCAAGAAAAGCUCGAAACUCUCUUCGUCGAUCCACCCCAGGUGGUCGGAAAGAGCAUCUUGCGCGCUCAGAAGCAAUUCUUUGCCCGAGUCAAACACGGUAUCGAGUUCAAGAAUCCGUUCUUGAGCUCGGAGAGAACGAGACGCGGAUCGAACGGUGGUGAUGUGUCACCAAAAACGGUGUUCCCUACCUACGAUGGAGAGGGUUAUGGUGAAUACGAUGAUCAGCCUGGUGCUGAUAAUAGCGAGGAUGAAUUAGAUCAACUAUUCUCGCACUUCUCAAGACCGAACUCGUGGACGCUGGGCGAUCAUGUGGACUUCGUGUCUCGAGCUGAGCAUUCAGCUGCUAGCAUAAAUAGCAGCUACAGUGGAAAGUAUUUCAACGUCUUACCAAUCCAGAUCCCAGAUACUUCUCCCCUCUUCGACAGCUCGAGAGACGUUACUGACUCGCCCGCUGCGGACGCAUUCAAUACUAGCCACCUUGCUCUGAGAAGGUUUAGUGGUCUCGAGAACCGCAUUGUCAGUCACUUCUCCGUCAGCGAUAUCUUUAUUUUAUCCGACGAUAUUCUCAACACGAUGGACAUUGGCGACGACGUUCUGGCACACUUCUCGGUUGGAUGGGACUCGGAUAUCGACGAUACUCUAGAUCAAAGAGGCUUACAAAACCCAGCACCAUCUAAUACAAACGCUGACGACGUCCUUCUUGGCAUGGAUGUCGAAGCCCUUGUCGAUGACAUCCAAAACACAACUCGACAGUUCGUGGACAAUGACCAUCUAAGAGGUGAGUGCGAACAAAAUCUGAGGCCACAUCACCGAAGGCCUGGCUGCUUCUGCUACCACUGUACUCGUCGCUAUGGGGCUGAUGAUAAAGAGCCUCACGAUGCAACAUUUUGCUCAUGUACGAACUGUUUCGUCAACCGGUACAAGGUCAUGAAAGCCAGGAAAGAAAGAACUGCCAGGAGAGAGCAUGCUGACUGGACAAAGAAGCUGCUAGGCAGACUGAACACCAAAACAAAGGAAGGCGACCAAGGCAAGCAGGAGCUUCUUGAUAUGGUCGCCAAACUCAUGCUUGAUGAAGAAGCGGAUCAGAAAGAUAUCGUCAGCGCAAGUAUCAAGUCAUCCAGAAACAGCAACAUGUUUGACUUGGUCAAAAGCGGCCUUCGAAGUCCCGAAUAG